AUGUCUCAACUACUUGCCCGAACUAAGGCAUCACAAUCACCCUUACUACGACUAUGUGGGGAAAUUCGCAACAGAAUCUUCGAGUAUGCGCUUACCUCGUCGACGCCUCUACACCACUCGCUUGAUACACAAACUCCUCGAUUCGCGGUGACCAUGGUACCAGUUCCUCAAUUCCUGUUGAACAUCUCGCAACACCCGAUAUUGAUCGAAGAAAAUGUCCUAAGGGACCUAAAUCUACGCCAGCACCCUGAGUUCAAUCAGCUCAAGUAUGUCAAUAAGCAAUUAUAUGCUGAAACUGCUGGUUUGGAGAUUCAAUACAACACCAUUCUUUUCUCACCUCAAAUGAUGCCUCACCAGUCGGCUCUACACCAAAAAACUGCCGAGCAGUGUUUUCUUUACUUCCUCGCUCCAAUGGAAGCCUCGAAGAUGUCAUGGCUCACAACUGUCAUCAUCGAUUCUAGACGCCAUUGUCUCGCAAUGCUUAACGCGAACGCUCCUCUAAUGCCUGACCUUCCGGCCAUAGUCUUGCUUUGCAAGACAAAUCCUGACAUCAAGGUCCGAUAUCAGUUCCGUAAUUGGGAGUUUGACUGCUACAGGGCCGAAGCAUCCAUGAACUUUCUUUCAGCAGGGGUUGCGUUGACAGUUGCCCUGAAGGGCACCGAGGCUGGGAAGCAAGUCCUCGAAAAGCUCCUCGACACGAGCCGGAUAUGGGUACACGGCCUAGCUCGUGAAGCAAACCAUUGGCGCGAGACCUGGUAUAUCCGGCAUCUACUGAAGGGCGUCAAAAACUUUGCCUUCUGGCCCACUGCUAUUGCAACCGACAUCAGCCGGUACAUUCCUAGGGACGGUGAAAUUCGGAACAUAGGAAAAGAGCGCCUGACGCAAUGGGAAUACUACGCGAAUUCCUGGAUUGAGCACGGGAUCGAUGCUUCAGAAUAG